AUGAAGGGAAACUCCGGUGUACUGGCAGCUGGAGUAGCUAGUACCUUUGGGCAUGCUGGAAAGAUGCUCUUCCUUCUGUGGGGUUUGGGACAUGGAUUUACAAGCAGGACUAAUGAGCUUGUACAGCCCACAGAUGAACACAAAACAAGGGCCAAUUCAGAGGAGAAGAAAGACCCGGCAGCUGUGGGGGAAAUUGUGCUGCAGUUCAGAGUCACGCUGGACAACAUCGCCAGCCUCCGGCCAAUGCAUCUGAAGAUAGAAUGCGGCAACUGUGGUGAGAUUUCAGAGACGUGGCAAUAUGUCCGGCUGAUGGGCAGCAUGGUGCUGAAAGGAGACCAUGGCAGUGCCUUCGUGGUCCCAAAGUGCAAACUGUGUGUACAGGGAAACUCCACUCAAAUCCUGAGCAGCACCUACUGUAGUCACAGUACUGAAAACAAUGAGAAGUUUAAGACAAUAGUAGAGUUUGAGCGUUGGAGCCUUGAACCAGUUGGCUUCCAGCCCCAGGCUGGGUUUGCUGCCGAAGGUGUGGAGUCAGGGACAGUCUUCAGUGACACAUCUACAAGGAAGGACUGGACAGACUAUGAUGAGAAGGCACAGAAGUCUGUGGGGAUAUUCGAAGUCACCCAUCAGUUUCACCUGUACCAAGCCCUCAGAGUCUGCUUGCUGGAGUUCGUCACAGUUCUGAGUCCUGCCAGCAAAGCCCCUGUUGGUGUGGAAAGGAAGAGGACAGAAGACAAGGACACCGAGAAGAAGGCCACAUGCAGAGACAGAGAAGGGGCUAAGCAGCUGCAAGGUGAGGACCAAACGAGCUCCCAGAGAUGGGAGAGGGACUGGAGCAGACUCUCAGAGCCUUGGGAAGAGAUGAAUCACAGCUCUUCUUGA